AUGGGCGCGUUUAUCUCCAUGACUGCCUUCGCACAGAGUUCAUGGCGCCCAACCAUUGGUCUUUCUGGCGAAGUGGUCAUUUGCACAUUCCUUUACGGAUUCUCUCUUGGCCCCCUCUUCCCGGGUGCGCUGCUGGUGGCAGAGGAGAAGCUCCACCCAGAGCCCCUGAGCGGUCGCUCCGCAGGCUUCACCGUGGCAUGCGCUGCGCUGGGUGAGAUGAUCCUACCUCUGCUGACUGGCCUCUGCUUUGACGCUGAUGCGACCUCCUUUGCGUUCGUGCAGCUGGCGAUUUGCUGCGGAUCCCUCUUCUUCUUCGCGUCUGUAUGA